AUGCCGUCGUGGAAGGAUGGAGAGGAGAGCAGCGAUGAGGAGGAGCUGGUCGGCAUGGAUCUGGAGCAGCACUGGUGUGCUACAAUGCAGGCGAACCCUGACACCACUAUAGAUCCAUCCUUCUGUGGUAGAGCUGCGGAUGCAAGCAUCACAUGUAGACUGCACUUGGCCCCAUGCAUGAAAUAUGUUGCAUUUGAAGGAAAGGACACUGGGAGGAGGUUCUAUGGAUGUGCUGUUCCUCAGAUGCAAGAAUCAAAUUAUUUAAUGGUAGUAUUGCUCUUGUCAUAUAAGCUUAGCUUGAAAUUAAAGUUUCCUGAAUGUCUGCUGUAUCUUCAAGUUGCAGUGACCAAACAUAUAUGGGAGAUGUUUCAUGAGGAGAAUCAUGGCAGAAUGAUUGACCAUGAGAAGUAUAAGAAAGAGUUGGACAAGGUCAACAAGCAGUUGGAUACACUUGGGGAUCAGUACAGUCAGCUGGUUGAGGAAGUCACCAAGAUGUUUGAUUGGGCAGAUCAGAACAACAGGGUCAUGAGUGAUGAAGAGUUCAAGCAGAAGCAGAUGGAUGUGGACAAGGACAUGGAGAAGCUAGCUAUCAGCAAGGAGAAGCAGAGUGCUGACUUUGGCAAGAUGAAGGAGAUGGAGAAGCUGGCUCAGGAGCUGAAGGAGAUGAAGUGCAUUCUUAGGUCUCAGGGGGAGAUCAUUAGGAACACAAGGAAGGAGAGGGAUGAGAUGAAGAAAGAGAGGGACAGGCUGGUAGAGGAGAAGAAGAAGCUGGAGUUUCUGGUGGGUGAUCUUAUGAAAGCUGGUCAUGGCAACAAGGACAAGCUUGCCAAGAUCAAGUCAAUCCUUGAUGAGUGA